AUGAUAUCGGUUGGUGGACCGAAUUUGGGAUCGUCUGUGAUUGGAGCCUUUGGGACGCAGGCGGGACACGCCAGCGGCAGUGCACCUGCUGCCGGUGAGUACCUGCCAUGGCCCAAUCUAGACAGGGAACAUGCUACGGCCAAAUGUAAGUACGUGACAAGGAGACAUAUGUUGGGCGAUGGUCAUUUCAGCGUUGUAAAAGAGUGUAUGAAUGUGCACACAAGGGACCUAUUUGCAAUGAAGCUGGUCCAUAAGAAUAUGGUCAAGGGCAAGCUACAGUUGAUACAGCGCGAGGUCAAAUUACUGAGAGUGAUCACUGAUAAGGUCAGAUCACUUGAGAAAAGGAACUAUUCGAGUCUUGAUGUUUUUGAAGGCCAUCACCACGUUCUGCAGCUAUUUGAUUUUUUUGAGACUUCGGAAAGCAUUGCGCUGAUCACGCAGCUCUGUGAUAAGGGCGACCUAUACGAAAAGAUAAUCAACGAAAAGACCUUGGAUCUUCAAUUGCAGGUAAAGCCGUACUGUGCUUGUUUGUUGAGUGUUUUGGAGUUUUUACACUCCAAUAACAUAGUCCAUAGAGAUUUGAAGGCGGAGAACGUUCUUUUUAGGUUAAGAGUUAAUAACAACGAACCCAACGAGCAUCAUGGUAAUUUCAAAUACGAUGACAGGUCGCACGACCUGAUCUUGGCAGAUUUUGGUUUAGCCGCUCAAGUUGACGUGAAGAGUAAUACUAACGCUCUGAAAGAGUAUGUUGGUACAAUCUCGUACAUUGCACCUGAGAUUGUUCUUUGUAGGGGUAUUGGCGAUAUGUCGCGUGAAAAGAUGGAUAGAAUCCCAAAAUAUGGCUGUCCAGUGGACGUUUGGGCAUUGGGAGUCCUGACAUAUUUCAUGGCUUGCGGUUACACACCAUUUGAUUGUGAAACUGAUGAGGAAACCUUAGAGUGCAUUUCAAAAGUGGACUACUAUAUCGAUGAAGAAAUGCAAGCUGAUCCCAAAAUGGCAGAUUUCUGGAGCUUUGUACAAUCCUGCUUUAUUGGUGAUGCUGAGAAAAGGCCCAAAGCAGAGAUGCUGAAGCAUCAUCCAUUCGUAAGAGACUUUUUUGCAACUUCUGCACCGGAGGAGAAAAGAGAUAUUUUCCCAACAAUGUUGCGUAGAACCGGGUCGACUUCAUCAUUGCACUCUUUGAAACAACCUUCCAGAUCAUCAUCUUCAAGCACUAUCGCACUGUUAUCACUGAAAAAUUCAGCUUCUCCUUCGCUAGUUUACCCCGCUAACAUAGCAGAGACUCCCAAACGUCUUGACACGAGAGUGAAUUCUCGCGAGAGAAAUUUGCAGCAGGUUAGAGAAACUCUAAGGAAAACUUUGUCCAUGACUUCUUUGAAAAAUGAAGGCAGCCACUCCUCUACCAUUGGCUCAAAACUCAACUCAACAUUUAUCCUAGAGCCUAAACCUCCAGUGAAUUCUUUGAUGAAUGGUUGUUUUAGCACUACCCCUGAGUCUAAAUCAAACUUUGGAACGCCUGGAUCUCUUUCUAGGCAGAGUUCUGAGAAUAGUAUUUUACUCUCUACUGACACAAGCAUGACUUCUCACGAAAAUUUGAAUGAGAAGCUGCACAGCUAUCAGCAAAGUAGAAAAAUUGACAGUUAUGUUGGUAGCAAAGAGAAUCGCUUAAACAAUCGUCACGACGGUGCCAGAGUAGAUGAUAAUGGUGACGGCGACGACGACGACGACGACGACGACGAUGACGAUAUGGGUAUUGUAAUAUAG